CAGAGCGCAGCACCAGGCAUUACAAAAAAUCGAACGUAUACGCUUGAACGGUGUUAUUUAGUUCCAUUCAUGUAGCUUCUUAGUGAUAAUUUGGAUCUUAUAAAAGUGCUAAGUAGUUGGUUGGAUGUGCCUGGGUGCAGUAUGCUGCUACCUCUGGUGUAAUAUCACGGGUCUCUACUUACAGCCGAUCGAGGUUCUCGAUACAUCGUUUGAGCAGUUUGUGGACAGCCUCAUGGCCCGCCUGUUGCGCUGUCAGAGUGCCACUGGUGCCAUUUCCGGAAUGACGUAUGCUUCGUCCUUUAGAAGUAGGCCUGACACCGAUAUUGCGAUCAUCUGAACACAUUCAAAACGACCAGAGCGCUUCACAUAUAGACAUCUACUGCCCAUAGCUACUUAGCAGAGCGCAUCAUCAGGCAAUAAGGAUCUCAUUAAGGCGCUUUCAUGUCAGAAGAUAUGCGCUUAGCAGGAGUCAUUCAGUGGGAGUUACCUUGUCUCUCAAGUUUCAGAAAAAACGGCGGAUAAGACCCUAAAUCUAGAAUUUAGUUAAAAGUUUCCUAUAUUGUAGGUAAAAAGGUAUUCUGUAAAGUUUUUAAGUAUUUCCCCUACUUAAC